CAAACCCAUCGCAUGCAUUUCACCAAACCCAUUUUUCAGCAACAAUCUAGCACACAAAAAUGGAGGAAGCAUCUAAAACCAUUGCACACUCAAUCAGUAUUCAAAACGAUGAAGAAGAGAGAAUUAACAUAUCAAUUUUCAUUUUUCAUUUUUUUUGUUUAAAAUAAAAUCAAAUCUUCGUUUUCGUUCCCAAAUUUUCAUCGAUAAUGGGAAAUUCUAUUUGAAUUUUUAGGUUUGAGGUUGUUCGAUUGAAAUUCAUUGCAACGUGGAUGUUGUUGAUUCGUGAGAUUUUGAACUUUGUAGAUUUUGAAAUUCUGUUCUAGAUCGUUUGCUGUUGUUCAAUGGAGUCCGCUCAGGUGCUGCCCAACAACUCUGCUUCGUCUCGGAAGCAAGAGCAUCUGGAAGCUGGCAAGCGUCGGUUUUAGAGAAAAUGGUAGCUAGAAGAGUGGAUCUUCGAUCGGAUACAGUGACGAAGCCGACUGAGUCAAUGAGGGCUGCUAUGGCAAGUGCUGAAGUUGAUGACGAUGUUCUUGGUUAUGAUCCGACGGCUUUACUCUUAGAGACAGAGAUGGCGAAGAUGAUGGGAAAAUAGGCUGCUCUUUUUGUUCCAUCAGGGACUAUGGGUAACCUUAUCGCUGUACUUGUUCAUUGUGAGGUUAGGUGAAGUGAAAUUAUUCUGGGAGAUACUAGUCAUAUCAAUAUUUAUGAGAAUGGUGGUAUUUAGACCAUUGGAGGAGUGCAUUCGAGACAGCUGAAAAAUAACGAUGAUGGAACGAUUGACAUUGAUUUGAUUGAGUCUGCGAUUAGAGAUCCUAGGGGGGAGCUAAUGUUUCCGACGACUAGGCUUAUUUGCUUGGAAAACAUUCAUGCGAAAUGUCUCUCUGUUGAAUAUACUGAUAGAGUUGGAGAGGUUGCUAAGAAGCAUGGAUUGAAGAUUCACAUUGAUGGAGCCCGUAUUUUUAAUGCAGCAGUUCUUGCUCCUAAUACUUUGGAACGUGUUGCGCCACUGACACAUGCAGUUGGAAAUGUGUUGAAGAGAGUUUUCGUUAUUGGAUUUUCAAUAGUGGUGUUUGGCAACAAGAUAUCUACACAAACUGGCAUUGGAACCGUCGGGUUGGGAACUUGGCAGGCCGAUCCUGGCCUCGUCGGUCAAGCCGUUGCUACCGCUAUCAAGGCUGGUUACCGUCACAUUGAUGGCUCUCCAAUCUACGGCAAUGAGAAAGAGAUUGGUUCUAUAUCGAAGAAACUGUUUGAUGAUGGCGUAAUGAAACGUGAAGAUUUGUUUAUUACCUCGAAACUCUGGUUUGUUUGUUUAUAUAUUAGUAUUAAUAUAUUAUAGACUUCACUAAGUAGUAUUUCUUUAAUUUUGAUUCACUCAGGAGUCGUUGUCUUAUUUAUAAGUUCAAUUAGACCUGUGGCUUAUAUUGGUAGAAUUAGAUAUUUUCAACUCAUGGACAUGUGUUUAUAUAAAAAUAAAACUCAAUAUUUAUUUGACUUUAAAAAAUAGUUAGAACAAAUAGUUAGAACAAAUACAUAAUGGAUAAGAUAGAACUACAAGUAACAUUUGACUCUUUUCCAUCAUUUAUAUUUGACUUUAAAAAAUUAACAUCUAGAUAAUGUCCCUUUGCUCAUUAUUCACCUAACAAAAUCAAAUGAGUCACUGAAUUAGCACCAAAACAACUUUCAUCAUUCACCUAACAAUUCAUUCAUACAAUACACCUAACAAUUCAUCACCAAAACAGUAAUUACUAUAGUUGAAAUAUUUAAUAUGUUAGUGAAAACAAUAUUACAUGAUUAAACUAUUUAGUUGCCUAAGGAAUGAAAAUUCUAUUUAGUCAAAUAUAUAUAAUUGUGUUUUUAAUUAAAUUAUUUCAAAUAACUAGUGGAAGACUGAAACUAGAUAAGUUUAAGAUACACUCUCACUUAUGGCCAAUAUCCACGUAGAUAUACUCUCACUUAUGGCCAAUAUCCACGUAGAUAUACUCUCACUUAUGGCCAAUAUCCACGGAGAACUCAACUGAACCCCAUUCACAUCAAUAUGAAACUGCAUGAGAAUAUGGCAGUUUUUAGUGAGUGAAUGGAAUAAAAUAACUAACAAUUUGGCUACUACAUUGAUCAUACAUGUGUGCAUAAUGUAGUUAAAAGCAAAGUAUGACAAGAAAUGAAGGUCAAGCAAAGAGCAAAGUGUGAAGACUUGUCAAGGAUGUUCAGGCUAUUUCCUUCAAAUGUUUUCCUUCAAACGUUUAGUGUGAAGACUUGUCAAGGAUGUUCAGGCUAUGUUCUCAUGUUUUCCUUCAAAUGUUUAAUUGAUAAUGUCUACAGGCAGAUAAAAAGGAUAUUGUUAGUACGCAGUACCAGGUGAUUGAGUUGCAUGACAAGUACCUGGCAUAUGUGAACUCUUGUUUCCAGAAUCACACCCUUUUCCACAAGGCUCUUAAAGAGGCUUUUGAGGUCUUUUGCAACAAAGGUGUUGAUGGAAACUCUAGUGCAGAACUUCUUGCCACUUUUUGUGAUAACAUUCUCAACAAUGGAUGUUUUCAUUAUUUUAUGGACUUUGGCAGUACAUGUUCCACAAGUUAGAGCUUCAUGUACUCAUUUUAGGGAUUGACAAGGCUGGCAAAACGACUUUGCUUGAGAAGAUGAAGUCGGUGUACACGAAUGUAGAAGGUUUUCCUCCGGAUCGAAUUGUGGAAAGCAAUUGCUUCUCCAGGGCGUGGUAUUUUGGCCAUGAAUGAAUCCAAUGCUACAUGUGGAAAGCGGUUGGAUUCAAUUGGACUAGAGAACACCGAAGCUAACCGUCAAGCAUGGCGUAAAAUUAUAUAUGAAGAAAGUGUUAUGACUUGGUUAAAAUAUAAUUUUUAUGUGUAUGAUUUUAUAGUACUUGAAAUAUUAUAAAUGCACAUGAUUUUGUAUACUUUUUGGUUAAUAUUAAAAAUAUUUUGACUUAGUUAAAAUAUGAUUUUUAUGUGUAUGAUGUUAUAGUAU